AUGUCCGAAGCCGAAGUACAGACGGAGUGGUCUGAGCUGCCGCUUGACACGCGGGUGCUCGAGGCCCUGAAAGACCUAGCGUGGAAGAAGCCGACUGCCGUCCAAAGUGCAUGCGUGCCACUCGCCCUCAAAGGCAAAGACAUCUCCAUCCAAUCCCGCACGGGCUCUGGCAAGACCGGCGCCUUUGUCAUCCCAGCCGUGCAGCGCAUCAUCACGGAACGGGAGCAACGCGGCAAUCCUCGAGCCCUGCCCAGCCCGCGUGUCCUCAUUGUCGUUCCGUCGGUCGAGUUGUGCGAGCAGACGGCCGAGGCGGCGCAUGUAAUAGCCAAGUAUGUGCAGCCCCGGCUGGUCAUCGACAACCUCACGUCUGGAGGCGCCGUGACGGCAAGACGCAUUCAGUCUGCCCACAUAGUCAUUACCACCGCGGCCCUACUGGCGAAGGGGUGCAGCCAGGGCACCGUAACGGCCGACACCCUCCAGCACGUCCGCUUUUUCGUCCUCGACGAGGCCGACGUGGUGGCCUCGAUGGCGGAGCGAUCCCUGCGCACGGUGCAGUCGUUGUUGCCACCGAACAUGCAGGUCAUUCUAGCUUCCGCCACCCUAACCAAGGGUGUCGCGGCCGUCAAAGGCCAACUGCUGCGGCACCCGGUCAAUGUGGUGCUCACGUCGGAGGACGUGGAGGAGUUGGUGCGUAGCGAUGGCAAGGACAACGCAGCCUCGCAGCAGGGCCCGGUUGUCGAGUCCCGUGUCAGGGUGAGGGACCCACUGAAGAAGACACUGCACCAGUACUACUUGGUGGCCACGGACGAGUGCCACAGCCACACGCUUCUCUUUGGUCUCUACCGCAUGGCCCUCAUCACCGGCAAGACACUCAUCUUCGUGAACGACGACGAGCAAACGUAUCGUCUGCAGAAUUUCCUGGAGCAACUCGGGGUGGCAACGCUCGCGUACGAUGCGAACCUCCCCAUCAACGUGCGACUCGACACUCUGCGCCGUUUCCAAACUGGUAUGGCGUCCACACUCGUGUGCACCGAUGGCACACUGGAGAACGCAAUGCAGCUGCAGGCUUCGCUGGAGGAGUCGCAGCCGGGUGAGAAGGGCUCGGACGGUCAGUCUGGGUCGCCGUCAUCGCGGCGUCGGCCGCGAUCGGCUUCCGUGUGUGGUCGUGCGAACACCGAGGCGCCAUCGGCACUGCACCGCGGCAUCGACUUUGCGCACGUGCGCAACGUCGUUCUGUUCGACGGGGUGGAGGCGACUGACCCGAUCGCGUUGUCUCGUUAUACCCACCGCAUCGGCCGCGCCGGUCGUGCCGGCGAGGAGGGCGUGUCCAUCGCGAUCUUCACUGUGCCGCAGGCCCGCAAGUAUCUGCGUCCGCUGCAGGAGUACUGCACAGAGCGCGGCGACGUCAUUCGGCCGUUUCGGCAGAUGCAGCGGGCGGAGGUGGCAAAGUUGCAGUACCGCGUGGACAGUGUGCUGGGCAACAUCACGCGUACGUCGACGCGCAAGAUGCGGGUGGCCUCCGUCGCCGCGGAGCUGAGUCGUAGCUCGUACCUGGCGAACCACCUCUCGCAGAAGGACACGGACGCCCUGCAGCGAGUUAUGCGGCGGUCCUCAAAGAGGAUCAGGGUGGAGCGCAACAUCCUCGAGGUGCCGGAGUACAUGCAUCUGUCGACGGCAGAAGACGUAGGCGCGUACCAGAGGCGUGUGCAAGCCAAGCAGACGCAGUCAAACCGUCUGCGCAAGGCAACGCAGAAGGCUUCAGCAGACCCACUGAAGGCGGUGGUGUCUAAGCUGCGCUCCUCCAAGCGCAAGGCAUAA